AUGACCCAGUUGACGCGCGUCAGUGGGAAGUCCGCAGAAGCCAACACCACUUCCCCUGUUGACGUGGCCAACCAAUGGCAGCACAUGGGGGAGUGUCCAUGGGAUGUAAACCACGCCCACAUGAUGUAUCCUUGUUUUUUCAACGAAGGGGUCUGUUGAACGCCUCUCGCUCACUGGUUGUCGCUGUCUAUCCUCCCAGCAUCAGCACCUAGCCUAACUGAACAGCGACCGUCCUCGAGGAAAUGAUGCUCUACCAAGCAAGGGAGUUGGACAGAUAAUGCUUAAUCGGUCGACGGAGAUCGAUAUGGAUGAUUCGUGUCACCAAAACAUUUAAGGGAUAACUGAGCGGCUGGGUGUCACACGAAGUCCCGGGCACGUUUGUGCACCUCUGGCUGCUUUCUCUCACCAUUCAUAAUGCACCAUUCAUGAUGCGAGCUUCCCUCAUCCUUGAUCUCAAGAAUGGCACGAAGAAAACAUUGAAAUAGCCUAGCGUUAUUGGCUCGACAGGGCACAAUAGCCUGCCACGCGCUGUUUCGUUGAUUCAAUAGCCUAUUAGGCUAUAACUAGCCUACUAUCAUCGGGUUUAGGUAGGAUAUGAGCCAAAGUCUUCUUGUUGUGCCGACCAAGACAAUCUUCUUUGAGGGCGCCGUACCAAUAACAGGGCUAUGCAAGCCAUCCAAACAAAGGCACCCGAACAUCCCAAUUGACUCACCUGCUGUCCCGUCGCCACUGACAUGACAACGCUGAGCCGAAAGAGCAGGAUCAAAGGGCACCGACCUGCAGCCGGACGCGUGGACUCGAAAAGAAAGGGGGCGACGGCCUCGAAGCGAGGAAGCAGCAGCCCGAGGGAGGCCCAAUUGCAGUUUCUGGGGAUAAGCACCAAGGGCAGUGCGGCACUCAACAGUCAUAUCGGGGGAAGGCGGUGGGGAGAUGCUCAGUGUACCUUCCCCCAACUCUUCGUUCUUCUCCUUCCAUGUCCUUAACGUGCCAGUUUCCCGGCGUGGAAAAGUGCUUGAAAACAACUGCUGUAUUGAUUUGAUUUCGAAUGUUGGCUCAGUGUUUAUAUUCAAAAUGAUUAAUCUAUUUCGUUUUCUGAAGCUAUUUGACUGCAUCAGUGAUGGGCAAUUAAAAUAUUAAUCUUGAUUUACAAGCUCGCUGGAAUCCGAGAGGGACUGAUGUGCAUACUGGUCAGGUAUCAUCUCCUCCCUCCAUCUCUGGUUCUCCUUACACUGCUACUUGUCAGCACCAUGGGCUGUAUCCAGAGCAUCGCCUGCAAGCCGCGCAUUAGAAGGGACAACAUUGUAGUCUACGAGGUAUCGGCCUCCAUUGACCAGUGCCCAACGGUGAUAGAGGAGAACUCGCCUAUAGUGCUGCGGUAUAAGACACCGUACUUCAGGGCCUCCGCCGGGAUCGUGAUGCCUCCGGUGCCCCGCAAUGAAACCUGGGUGGUGGGUUGGAUCCAGGCUUGUACUCAAAUGGAGUUCUACAAUACUUAUGGUGACAUUGGCAUGUAAGUUCUGAGCUGUCACCAUCCGUAAUCAUUCAAUCUGACUGACUCUGACUCUCUCUCACUCUCUCACACACAAACACGCACAAUAGGCUUUAGUUCAGUGGGCUAAUGUCUUGAGUCACUUGGCCAGACGAUCCGGGUUUGGUACCCAGUCGGUCACAUAAUGUGAACUGUUCUGUGUAUAUGUAUCAGUUGGAUGAGUGAAAUUCUAGCAACUGUAAAUUUUUGCCUUGACCUAGGCUACUAUUAACACAGUCCAUUAAGUGAGGCUAUUGUAAUGUAUCAUUAUCAUAAACUGUUGUACUGUUUUGUAGCCAGAUAUUAUGUAAUAAGAUAUUCUCUCCGUCCACUACCAAAGGUCCAGUUGGGAGUUACCGGAGCUCCGUGAGGGCCGUGUCAAGGCCAUCAGCGACUCAGACGGGGUCAGCUACCCCUGGUACGGCAACACCACCGAGACGGUCACCCUCACGGGCCCCACGUCCAAGCCGUCGCGCCUCACGGUCAGCAUGAAUGACAACUUCUACCCCAGUGUGACCUGGGCCGUGCCCAUCAGCAACAGCAACACACCCAUGCUGUCAUGCAUCACCCGAGACCAGAGCUUCAUCACCUGGCUGGUUGCCAUCAACUCUGUCACCAAGGUAGGCUUCAGAAGGUGGACUUCCUUGGAUUUUAUGAACUGCUCUGUUUAGUUUUAUGUUUUAUUAUCUUAAAAGGGAUAGUUCACUUCAAAGUCAAAGUUUGUCAGUUGUUUUCCAACCUCUAAAGUGGUCUAAUCUCGAGAUAAAUCCACAUCCCACACAAUCAGUUGUAUGGUUCCAACAAUGCGUCCCUCAAUCCCAAAUGCAUGGGAAAGAUUAGCACCAUCUACAGUUGAAGUCGGAAGUCUACAUACACUUUAGCCAAAUACAUUUAAACUCAGUUUUUUCACAAUUCCUGACAUUUAAUCCUAGUAAAAAUUCCCUGUCUUAGGUCAGUUAGGAUCACCACUUUAUUUUAAGAAUGUGAAAUGUCAGAAUAAUAGUAGAGAGAAUGAUUUAUUUCAGCUUUUAUUUCUUUCAUCAGAUUCCCAGUGGGUCAGAAGUUUACAUACUCAAUUAGUAUUUGGUAGCAUUGCCUUUAAAUUGUUUAACUUGGGUCAAACGUUUCGGGUAGCCUUCCACAAGCUUCCCACAAUAAGUUGGGUGAAUUUUGGCCCAUUCCUCCUGACAGAGCUGGUGUAACUGAGUCAGGUUUGUAGGCCUCCUUGCUCGCACACGCUUUUUCAGUUCUGCCCACAAAUGUUCUAUAGGAUUGAGGUCAGGGCUUUGUGAGUCAGGGAUUUGUGAUGGCCACUCCAAUACCUUGACUUUGUUGUCCUUAAGCCAUUUUUCCACAACAUUGGAAGUAUGCUUGAGGUCAUUGUCCAUUUGGAAGACCCAUUUGCGACCAAGCUUUAACUUCCUGACUGAUGUCUUGAGAUGUUGCUUCAAUAUAUCCACAUAAUUUUCCUUCCUCAUGAUGCCAUCUAUUUUGUGAAGUGCACCAGUCCCUCCUGCAGCAAAGCACCCCACAGCAUGAUGCUGCCACCCCCGUGCUUCACGGUUGGGAUGGUGUUCUUCGGCUUGCAAGCAACCCCCUUUUUCCUCCAAACAUAACGAUUGUCAUUAUGGCCAAACAGUUCUAUUUUUGUUUCAUCAAACCAGAGGACAUUUCUCCAAAAAGUAAGAUCUUUGUCCCCAUGUGUAGUUGCAGACCGUAGUAUGGCUUUUUAAUGGUGGUUUUGGAGUAUUGGCUUCUUCCUUGCUGAGCGGCCUUUCAGGUUAUGUCGAUAUAGGACUUGUUCUACUGUAUAUAUAGAUGGAUAUAGAUACUUUUGUACCGGUUUCCUCCAGCAUCUUCACAAGAUCCUUUGCUGUUGUUCUGGGAUUGAUUUGCACUUUUCGCACCAAAGUACGUUCAUCUCUAGGAGACAGAACGCGUCUCCUUCCUGAGCGGUAUGACGGCUGCGUGGUCCAAUGGUGUUUAUACUUGUGUACUAUUGUUUGUACAGAUGAAUGUGGUACCUUCAGGCGUUUGGAAAUUGCUCCCAAGGAUGAACCAGACUUGUGGAGGUCUUGGCUGAUUUCUUUUGAUUUUCCCAUGAUGUCAAGCAAAGAGGCACUGAGUUUGAAGGUAGGCCUUGAAAUACAUCCACAGGUACACCUCCAAUUGACUCAAAUGAUGUCAAUUAGCCUAUCAGAAGCUUCUAAAGCCAUGACAUAAUUUUCUGGAAUUUUCCAAGCUGUUUAAAGGCACAGUCAACUUAGUGUAUGUAAACUUCUGACCCACUGGAAUUGUGAUACAGUGAAUUAUAAGUGAAAUAAUCUGUCUGUAAACAAUUGUUGGAAAAAGUACUUGUGUCAUUCACAAAGUAGAUGUCAUAACCGACUUGCCAAAACUAUAGUUUGUUAACAACAAAUUUGUGGAGUGGUUGAAAAACUAGUUUUAAUGACUCCAACCUAAGUGUAUGUAAACUUCCGACUUCAACUGUAUGUGGAUCCCACUUCUGACACCAAAAUGACGUUAUUAGUUUGACCGUACAGAUAUUAGUUAAGAUGUAACAGAAGUCUUACCAGUGUGGACAGUCUUGUGGCUGUCGAGGUUCACUUUGUAACGGAACGCAGCCUGGCAUCGGUCACACUUGUAUGGCUUGUCAGCAUGGACCGGGAGCAUGUGGCCUUUCAGGGAGUCCGCUUCCGCAAACUUUGAGUCGCACUUGUUGCAGAAGUAGGAACCAUUCUCUGCAACCUAAGUGUAUGUAAACUUCCGACUUCAACUGUAAUUAGUUUGAUCGACCCAACAAAUGGUGUGCAAUGUGGACUCAUCUCAACACAUGACCACCUUUGAGGUCUGAAAACAUCUGACAAACUUUGAUUUUGGACUGAACUAACCCUUUAAAUUUGUGUUUUCCAUUAUGUUCCUGGAGUACCCCCAGGACUGUUCAUUUCUGUCCUUGCCCAGUGUUAGGUCUGGGCUAGGACAGAAAUAUGCGGCCUUGGGGCCGGGGUAGUCAAGGUAGGCUACAUAUUGCGAAACACUGCUCUAUGUGCUAGCUGUAAAGCUCUUUGGGCUGCAGCGUAUUAAAUGGCAGUUGCUAUACAAGACUCAGUGGAGGCUGCUGAGGAGAGAACGGCUCAUAAUAAUGUCCGGAAACUAUGUGUUUGAUGUAUUUGAUACCAUUCCACUGAUGCCGCUCCAGUCAUUACCACGAGCCCGUUCUCCCCAAUUAAGGUGCCACCAACCUCCUGUGAUACAAGUUAACUUUACUAUUAUAAUUUUUUCACUUUCCAGGAGCGCAUCGUGCUGCAGACGGUGCGGUGGCGGAUGCGGGUGGACAUUGCCGUGGACCCUGACAUGCCCCUUGGCUCCCGGGCCUCCCUAGUGGGCCGUCCUCACCAGGAGCAGCCCCACAUCCUCAACUACCAGGAGCCCAUCCCCCCCAACGCCCUGGGACGACCUAACGCCAACGACGCCCAAGUGCUGAUGUGGAGACCCCGCAGAGGGGCGCCCCUAGUGGUCAUACCGCCCAAAUAA